CAAUUUCUAUGAGACUAUGUUCCCCAGUUUGAUAAUUCGACCGACUGAGGGAAUCCUCGUUACUCCAGGACUAAGCACGCUCAACGACAACACCAUUUACAGAGUUUUUAAACUUGUGAGAUACGUGUAUGCUGYUGGGUGCAACGGUUUAUAACGAAUAUAAAUGGAAAGUAGGAUCGUCGAAGGUUAAUCAAGGCUCUUCAUAACAAGGCUUACCGUGCAAACUAUGAUCAAAAAUCAACGGCAAUUAGCUCCCCUAACAAAAGAAAACAUUGAACAACUGCAAAGAGAGUUUAAAUGUAACAAAGCCAACGAUCAAGUUUCCAAAACGGAGGUUUAUCACAAUCAAACACGGAAGGGGACUAUUGCCCGUUCCGACGGCGAUGGAGAGAGCGUCGACGUUACAACGAACAACAUCGAGCAAAGACGAACAAGUUCGGUAUUUUACGAACACAAACGUGUUCUAUCUUCGGGACUCAGUGUAAACGAAGAAACAAAACCCGCUAAUAAAAAUAAACAAUUCGAUCAAAACAGCUACGAUCAAGAAAAUGAUCGAGAAAAAAAAGUGUAUGAUGGAGAAGCGUUAGGAACUGACAUUAACUCAGAAAACCAUGAUGAAAGUAACAAGGGGUUGAACAGAACCCCAAUACACAAAAAUGACGGCAAAAGCCUAGAAAGCCUUAGYGGAAAAGGAGAAAAAGAAGAAGUGGAAGAAGAUGAUGAAAAAGAGGAGGAGAGAAAGGAGAAAAAAGAGGAAACUAAAGACCAGGAAGAUGAAAAAGAAGAGGAAGACGAGGAGGAGGAAGAGGUAGAAGAAAAGGAUGAGGAAAUAGAUUUUGAAGAAAAUAACAAUAGCACUAGUUCAAAGAAACCUGACAACUAUAUUGCGUACGACAGUGCAGACGAAGUGCACUACAAUACUGACGACCUUAAUGAAGAAUACGACAGUGCUGACGAAUUUCGCGAAUUCGAAAAGCAACUCAGGGAAAAUAUGGAAAACGCUGAGUCACCAACGGAAAGCGAAAGCGAAGAAGACCCAACACCGGACACAACAAGCAAAGACAUCGAUGGAGAUACAGAGACUUUAGCAACAAGUCGGUUGAGCUCGUCAUUACUGCCUGCUAAUGAACUGGAUAGUGAUGAUGACGAUGAUGAUGAUGAUGACUUCACCUCUGAAGAAGAGCAGCCAGAAGAAGAAGACGAAGAGGUCGAUUAUGAAUACAUGACAAGUCCCAUGGAAAGCGAACCAGCUACUGACGACGAACAAUCAGAAGAAGAAUCGGUACAAUCAGCUCUGACUCAAGAGGAAGAGGAAAAUCCCAUAACAGAACCAAUAGAAAUAAUACCCACAGAAGAAAAAUACAACGAAAACGAUGCCGAGGAGGAAGUGGUUACUCACGAAGACACUGAAUUUUUACAGGAUGAAGCAGCAACUACAAACGAAAACCUUGAAACGAGGCCAGAAACGCGGCUUGUUAGCGGUCAAUCUGCGUCACCUCACAUUGAAUUAGAGAGUGCGUUCGGUUCCGAUCAGUUUGAUGAAUUCGAAGGAAGGAUUUUUGAUCAUGGGGAGUGUAACUUUAAUACACCUCUCUUGUUUGUGGAGAACGAUGAACUCGAAGUCAAUUCUAGAAAUGGAUAUAUCGCGAAAAGUAAAAGCAAACUUCCACGAAAAGCAAAGAAAAAAAGAAAGCGACGAAGAAAAGAACUAGCUAAGCUCACAUUUACAAAAUAUCCUCUGUCUGAUUCUGAAGAGGAAUCUAUCAACAAUGAAUUAAAAGAAACAAAACGAACAAAAAAGCUGAAAAAGAGGCAUAUGUCAGACAAAAGUGAAACUGGCAGUGUAGRACCGCUGGACACUGCAUUAAGCUGUAGCUCAGGAAGCGAGUGGAACAUCUCAAGYUCAGAAAUGUCUGUUUCGUCGUCACACAACUCAACUAGCACGAUUUCAGAAUCUUCAUAUAUCGAAAGCGAAUAUUUAAGCUCCCACUUGUCACCUAGGCCAGUCACAAGGAAGACAUGUUGGCCAAUAGAUGGAAAGCUGAGAAACCUUCCACCAAUCACAAAGAAGAUUCAAUCCGAUCCGCAGCAGCAAGCUAUUAACAAGCCAAAGAAAGCCAAAAAGAGUCUAUCAGCAAGUACAAGACCUCCUAAAACUGAUGACAAUUCCACCAUGGUCAAAAAAAUAUUGUCUGCAAACAGAAACAAAAUAACCAAACUGUACAAUGUUGUAGAAGAACUUCAACAAGAAGUGGAUACUCUUCGUCAAGAGAAUAGAACUCUAAAGAGAAUCAGUGUUAAACAAGAAAGAGAACUUAAACGAGUUGAUAGAGAGGAAGGAAGUUUACCUCAGCUUUUGCAGCGUCAUAGUGCUGAACUGCGAACUUACCGUCAAAGAUUAAAGAAAAAUAAACAAGAAAUAAUACAAAAAGAAAAAGAAUCACAUAGUCAUGAUGUUGAACUGACUAAAUUAAGGGAUAAACUUCAGCAUUUUAAGCAACUGGAUAAUAACAAAAAAUUGGAAGAAAGAGCAACCUUGGCCAAAAAACUUGAAAAAGUUGAAAAAGCAUUAUCUGAAAGGGAUACCAAGAUACUGGAACUACAAAAGACAAUCAAAUUGUCAGAGAAGGCUAGACAGAGGGAAAUCAAGGAGCAUCAAGAUCGCUACAAAAAAGCUAAAGAUGAACUUGUACAAGUCCAGGAAAAUGUCCUGUCUCUCAGAGAGAAAUUAAAGGAAAAGGAGAAGCAGUUGGACAUGACAAAUAUUUACCACCAGAAUAUUCAGCGAAAGUUGAAGAAAGUCAAUCCACUAGCUCUCCCACCUGCUUAUGAAGAUGUUAAUACUAAUACUGAUAUCAUAUUAACGGACCAGAAAAAGAGAACAAAUGUAUUUUUGACUAAUGGUGUCAGUGAUACAGGCUCAAAUAUCAGUGCAGAACMUUUAAAAAGUGAAGAAAAAAGUUUAUUUGAAGUUUCAUCUGAAAAAGGAAAGAAAGAAAGUCUCUCCAUUGUUGACAAAAACCUUGAGUAUGAAAAACAGCAGGCAGAACAAUUGAAGGAGAAAUUGGAAAGAGAGGAAAGAAAAAGGAAACAAGAAGAAGAAAAGAGAAAAGAAGAGGAAGCAAGAAAACAUGAAGAAGAACAGAAACGUAUAAGAGAAGAGGAAGCUUUGAAAGAUAAAAUCAGGCAGUUGGAGGAAGAGAAAAGAAAAAAAGAACAACAAGAACUGAUAGAGAUUGAGAGAAAGAAGAGGGAGGAAGAGGAAAGACUACRGAAAGCUAAGGAGGAAGAAGCACAUUUGAAGUUCAAAGAGGAUGAAGAAAUACGGAGAAAGAAAGAUCUUUUGCUUGCUCGAAUGAAAGCAAUUGAUGCUGGACAGGAGAAACCAAAUGGUAUUAUUAGUAUGGACAUCAACCCUAAGGCUCAAGAUAACAAGCCCAAAAAGUUGCCAAUUUUCCUCCAAAGCUCAGAAAAACACACCACAACAAAAGAGCCAAGUAAUGAACCUACAAUWUUUACUGAGAAAGAAAAGCAAAAAUUUGGAUCCAGCACAUCAAUUCAUUCUAAACAUAGCAAGGAUUCCUCAUAUGAUGUCAAAGAGAGCUUUCAAAACUUGCAUCAUGGACUGCCAGCACAUCCCUCAGAUCARCAUUUUAGGGGCAGACGUAACAGUCAGGAUGAUGAURUGGCAUUUGGUUCUUAUAAGCCAAGUGUUGGACAGCGCAAAGAGGCAAAUAGCAAAACAGAAACUUUUGGGUCUUACAAUCCAUCCUUUGGUGAACCAUCAAACAGAAAAAGCAGUGGAUUGCACUUUGGUAAGAGACAGGAAAACAAACAAGACAAAUCAGAUGAUGUUGUAUUUGGGUCUUACCAACCAACCUUUAGUGGAAAUUCAAAAUCCAGUACUGUGCCAUCUAAAGACAAUGAUAGUGCUGGAGCCCUUGAUUUUUCCUCAARGAGGAGUGAUGGACGUAGGAAGAAACCAAGCCAACCUAAUUCCAUAUUUGGAGAGGAUUUGUUUGAUAACAACAAACCAAAACAAACUUCAAUAUUUGAUGAUGAUUCAUUUAAUAGAUCUUCCAAUAAACCAAAGGACAAGAAUUAUCCUUGGGAGACAAAAGUCAGUGCUUCUAAUGACAUAGAUGACGAGAGUCUGUUGCCAAGGAGACCCAAGCUGAACCAGGGCUUCAAUCAUGGCCCUAAGCAACAAAUUCCAGCAGUUGGAAACAUUUUAAAUGGGACUUUAGAAGAUGACAUUGAAGAGGUCACACUYUAAUAUUUUUUGGACAAAAAAAGAACAGAAAUGCUGUUUAUGUGUUGAUUAUAUAUAUAUAUAUUUAUAUCUAUUGAGAAUUAACUUUAUAAUAACUGUUUAUUAAAUAAUUUUGUGUACCAAAGGCUCAUAUUGUAUAUUAAAUUAAACUAAUGUGCAAAGUUGUACUGUAUGAUAUAGACCUCACAUCAAAAUGCAUAAAACAAUAAACAUAAUUCACAUUGA